UAGAGUGGUGAAUAGGGAUUAUGGUGAUAGGAAAAUGUAUUAUUUGGUAGUUUUCUGUCAAAAAACUAUUUUUAUUAGCAUAAAAUCAUCUUGAAAAAUUGCUCCUUCUCAUCAAAUUAUCUUUCUUUUCUUGUGAUUGGUACCUCUACGACUCCAAAGAUGGAGAUAACUAUAAGAAAGACUUAUAUGCUUAUAAUAAUGCUAAUUGGCUAUCUAAAACUAGCCGUUUACUUCAAAAUCAUAGGUUAACGACAAAUAUUAUUCCAAUAUUGUCCAUAAUGGACGAUCAAAGACAUCCUCAUUAUGUAUGAAAGCUAGGAAGGGGAUUUAAAAUUCAUAAAAAGAAGUCUAGCCAUCCUCCCUUACUCCUUGCUUCUUAGAAGCUUUAUUUGGUGAUGCAUCAAUUGUAGAAAAUCUUCAAUUUCUGCAAAAAUUCUGACCUGAUUUCUCUUAAAAUUCAGAGAGAAUGCAGAAAUAUUUCCUAAACUUUUCAAAUAAAUUAAGGCUCUUUUGCUGAGGCUGAACUCCCUAAAAUAUGAAAACAAAUUUAAAUUGCCUUUUUAGAAUUAUUUGCCAAAAAUUAACUGAACUUGCUAAACUUCCAUUAAAAGUUCUUCAGGUAAAAUUUUGAACGAAUCUUCGUGUCAGGAAUUAUAUAAUCUUCCCAAAUUUUCUUGUUAUAAACUGAUUACGGUUAGGUCCUUCAUGGGUGGUAGAGAUCCUGUUUGUGGUUUACAUACUUUCUGCCUGGCCAAGAGGAAGAGUUUAUUCAGGGAUAGCAUCUCAUUUUGGGUCAAAAAGAAGAUGAUAAAUCAUUUGGCAUGUUUAGUAAACACAUAUUUCCAAUUUUAUUAAUCUGAGUGUCUAGAAGACUCUUUUAAGAGUUAUUUUUAAAACUCUGUUAAAAAUAGCAUGGUUACUUGAGAGUUAGCCUUGUUAUAUCUCUCUUCUUGAGGAGUUUUAGAAGGGUUUAGAGACAUAUAGCUUACCUCUCAUGCUCGAAAGAAGAGAUGCUCUCUAAUUAUUGCUUCUGCUCUAUUAUAAAAAUGUAACAUUUAAGGUAUGUCUUAGAUUGCACUUUCAGACUCUGCGAAUGGGAUGUAUGGAUCAGUGUGUUAAUUAAAUCACAUUGCAAGACUCCUCAAUUCCAUAGCAUAAGGAAAUCAAGAUUUUGGAAAAUUAAAAUGGGUGAUGACACCUCUAUUCUUUUCUCGACUUAGAAUCUGUAAGCAGAAUAGAGCUCACUAACUUGUUAUUAUUUACUAGAAUUCUUUCCCAAAUUGUGACAGCAACCAGUGGAAUCUUCUCUAUCCGGACUUGUGUGUGAGUACACGAAAUUUUGGAUUUUUAUGGCUUAGGUUUGCUUGGUAACAAGAAGCCUUAUCCUAGCAACCUUGAAAUAUUGCUAAUAACAUUUUCUGGAUAUCCUAGUUGUCUUCAGAGCAAGGGAAGAAUCAAGAGGACAGGCAUUGGCAAAAAUCUAUGAACUAUUGACUCUAAUGACCAUCUAUCUCCGUG